AUGCUGCAUUGUGUCGUCGAGCGUUGGGUCGCGACAUACGGUUGCCCCGUGACCGUCACUACCGAUCGAGGUUCUCAUUUUGAGGGAGCAUUCAAGUCUCUACUUAGCCUAUUAGGUUGCACUCAUGCCCACACGACGGCUUAUCACCCCGCAGCUAACGGGUUGGUCGAACGGUUCCACCUCCAGCUGAAAGCAGCUCUCAAAGCGCACUCCGGUUCUAAUUGGCAUGAGACCGCUCCACUUGUCCUCUUGGGCAUUCGGAACACGAUAAAGGCCGACUUGCACACCACACCGGCCGCUUUAGCUUUCGGCUGCUCCGUACGCCUCCCCGGGGAACUCGUCGCGCCAACUCCGAUGCGAAACUUCAAUUACGCCGAUUUCGCUCAGCGACUUAGCCAUCACAUGCGCGAGGUUCACGCUGCGACCACACCGAAGCAGACCGCCAUCGUUUAUGUAGCUAAAGAACUAUCAUCCUGUACGCAUGUUUUUCUCCGCGUGGAUAGCACGCGCGCGCCGUUACAAGCUCCGUAUACCGGACCGCUUAGAGUUACAGCCCGUAAGGAUAAGACGGCCGUCAUCGAUGUUAACGGUAGGAGGGAGACGGUUAGUCUAGAUCGGCUUAGACCAGCCUUCCUCGAGAGCAGUGACCAGCGAGAUUCCACGGAUCCACCCAGCGAUCCAACACCGGUUCCCUCACCUCCACCUACGGGUCCACCGCAGACCCCAAGUGCUCCCACGAUGCCCCCAUCUAUCCUGUUCAAACGCGACCGUCGCGGUCGCGAAUUUCGCCGACCAGUCCGUUUUGACUGCUAA